AUGUCCGAGCUGCGCUUUGACAACCAGACCGUCGUCGUUACAGGCGCUGGUGGUGGCUUGGGCAAGGCAUAUGCUCUUUUCUUCGCCUCAAGAGGUGCAAAUGUCGUGGUCAACGACCUAGGUGGCUCUCACAAGGGCGAGGGCGCGUCGAACAAGGCCGCCGAUGUGGUCGUCAACGAAAUCAAAGCUGCUGGCGGCAAGGCUGUGGCCAACUACGACAGCGUCGAGAACGGCGAGGGAAUUAUCGACACAGCUAUCAAGAACUUUGGCCGAGUCGAUGUCCUCAUCAACAACGCCGGUAUCCUGCGGGAUGUCAGCUUCAAGAACAUGAAGGAUCAGGAUUGGGAUCUGAUCUACAAAGUACACACAUACGGUGCAUACAAGUGCGCGAGAGCUGCUUGGCCGCAUUUCCGGAAACAAAAGUACGGCCGUAUUAUCAACACCGCCUCGGCUGCUGGUCUAUUCGGUAACUUCGGACAAGCAAACUAUGCUGCUGCCAAACUCGGUCAGGUCGGAUUCACCGAGACCCUCGCAAAGGAGGGCGCCAAGUACAACAUCAUUGCCAACGUCAUUGCUCCUAUUGCCGCGAGUCGUAUGACUGCUACCGUGAUGCCCCCAGAGGUCCUGGAGCUCCUCAGGCCCGAGUGGGUUGUUCCCGUCGUCGCCACUCUGGUCCACUCAUCCAACACCACCGAGUCCGGUUCGAUUUUCGAGAUUGGCGGCGGCCAUGUGGCUAAGCUCCGCUGGGAGCGUGCCAAGGGUGCUCUGCUGAAGACCGAUGCAUCUUUGACGCCUGGCGCUAUCGCAAGAAAGUGGAAUGAGGUCAACGACUUUUCGAAGCCCGACUACCCCACUGGACCCGCCGACUUUAUGGGACUCCUAGAGGAUGGCUUGAAGCUCCCUCCUGCUCCUUCAGGGCCGGAGCCAGAGUUCAAGGGCAAGGUUGCUCUUGUUACUGGUGGCGGUAACGGUCUUGGCCGUGCUUACUGCCUUUUGUUCGCCAAACUCGGUGCCAAGGUUGUUGUUAACGAUCUUGUUGACCCUGAGCCCGUUGUUCAGGAGAUCAAGAAGGCGGGCGGAGAGGCCGUUGGAAACAAGGCCUCUUGCGAAGAUGGCCCAGCUGUUGUCAAGACCGCCAUCGACACCUACGGACGUAUCGAUAUUCUGGUCAACAACGCUGGAAUCCUGCGCGACAAGGCCUUUACCAACAUGAACGAUGACCUCUGGAACCCAGUUCUCAACAUCCACCUUCGUGGAACAUACAAGGUCACCCAGGCUGCUUGGCCUCACAUGCUCAAGAAGAAGUAUGGCCGCAUCGUCAACACUGCUAGCACAAGCGGUAUCUAUGGCAACUUCGGCCAGGCCAACUACGCCGCAGCGAAACUUGGUAUCCUCGGAUUCUCCCGUGCUUUGGCAAUUGAGGGCGCCAAGUACAACAUCAAGGUGAACACCAUUGCCCCCAACGCCGGUACCAACAUGACCAGAACGAUUAUGCCCGAGGAGAUGGUUCAGGCAUUCAAGCCCGACUACGUCGCUCCUCUGGUGGUUCUGCUCUGCUCCGACAUGACCCCUGAGCCCUACUCCAGCAAAGGUCUGUUCGAAUGUGGUAGCGGUUGGUUCGGCAGCACUCGCUGGCAGCGCAGCGGUGGCCACGGUUUCCCUGUUGACGUCAAGUUGACUCCCGAGGCUGUUGCUAGCGAACUAGCAAAGAUCAUCAACUUCGACGACGGCCGUGCGGACCACCCCACGGACAUCCAGGCCGCCAACGAAAAGGUCAUGUCCAACUUCAACAACCGAAGCGGCGGCAGCAAGGAGGGCAGUGGCAGUGGCAACGAGAUCCUGACCGCGAUUGAGAGUGCCAAGAAGGCAACUACUGAGGGCACCCCCUUCGACUACACCGAACGCGAUAUCAUCCUCUACAACCUGAGCUUGGGUGCCAAGCGCACUGACCUGCCUCUGGUCUACGAGAACAACGAGCACUUCCAAGCCCUUCCCACCUUUGGUGUCAUCCCCUGGUUCAACACUGCCACCCCGUGGGACAUGAACGAGAUCGUCAAGGACUUUUCUCCCAUGAUGCUCCUCCACGGCGAGCAGUACAUGGAGAUCCGCAAAUUCCCCAUCCCCACCGAUGCCAAGACCAAGACCUACCCCAAGCUCAUUGACGUGAUCGACAAGGGUGCCGCCGCCCUGGUUGUUGCUGGCUUCACUACCAAGGAUGUUGCCACCGGCGAGGAUCUCUUUUACAACGAAUCCACCGUCUUCAUCCGCGGCAGCGGUGGCUUUGGUGGCUCGCCUAAGCCUACUGCCAAGCGCCCCAAGGGCGCUGUCGCGGCAUACAAGCCUCCCCAGCGCAAGGCCGACGUCGUCGUCGAGGAGAAGACUUCGGAAGACCAGGCCGCGCUGUACCGUCUGAACGGUGACCGCAACCCGCUUCAUAUCGACCCCGAGUUCAGCAAGGUCGGCGGCUUCAAGACUCCCAUUCUGCACGGCCUCUGCUCGCUCGGUGUCUCGGGUAAGCACGUCUUCCAGAGGUUCGGACCCAUCAAGAACCUGAAGGUUCGCUUUGCGGGUGUUGUUCUACCCGGCCAGACUCUCAAGACUGAGAUGUGGAAGGAGGGCAAUACCGUUCUUUUCCAGACUACCGUUGUUGAGACGGGCAAGCCGGCUAUUUCAGGCGCCGGUGCGGAGCUGCUGGAGGGUGCCAAGGCUAAAUUGUAA